AUGGAGGCUCUCUCGCCACGAUCGACAAACCAGAUGAUCAAGCCCAAGCCUAUAAUGGAUCGAAAAAUCGCCGAUAAGAAUGCUGCCGCUGCUGGUCAGAAGGCUUCCUCCUCUAAAAACCAUGCAGACCCACCACCACCCUUAGUUCCGGAGCCAGAAGAGGGCGGGGAGAGAUAUUCAAUAGGCCAGUUUCUGGGAAAAGGAGGAUUCGCAGUCUGCUACGAAGGAACGCUCGCCCGCAAUGGUCGCGUGUAUGCCAUGAAAGUCGUGAAGUCUCAGAUGCCUCAAAAGAAAAUGGAAGAAAAGUUCCGAACAGAGUUACAAAUUCAUUCGAAGAUGCGCCAUCCUUAUAUCGUUCAAUUUUACCGCGCUUUUGCAUUCGAACAAAGCACCUACGUGGUGCUGGAGUUAUGCCCGAACGGAUCGGUAAUGGACAUGGUUCGAAAGAGACGGUAUCUCUCAUUGCCGGAGGUUAGACGAUUUAUGAUUCAACUUUGCGCUGCAGUAAAGUAUCUACACAAGCGAUUUGUGGCCCAUCGCGAUUUGAAAAUGGGUAACUUGUUUCUCGACCACAACAUGAACAUCAAAGUUGGAGAUUUUGGCCUGGCUGCCAUGAUUUUAUCGGACAAGGAUGCGAAAAGGCGAAACACACUUUGCGGAACGCCAAACUACAUUGCGCCUGAGGUUUUGGAUAAGAGCAAGGGUGGCCAUACACAGAAGGUCGAUAUAUGGUCGCUUGGUGUUAUUUGCUUUGCCAUGUUGACUGGUUACCCUCCAUUUCAGUCAAAAACACAGGAAGAAAUUUACAAAAAAGUGCGGAACUUACAUUACGUAUGGCCCAAGGACUCUGAGAACAACAAUCAUAUUCCCGAAGAGGCCAAAGACCUGGUCAGCGCAUGUUUAAAUCUUGUCGAUGAAGAACGUCCGGAUCCCGAUGAUAUUGUGGAGCACCCAUUUUUCAACAUGUAUGAUGGUUGCAUUCCUCGCCAACUGGAUCCCGCCUGUCGCUUCAAUAAGCCUCUUUGGCUGAAAGAACAAGCACCACGUGGCGAUGUUGUUGUUGGCGGAUAUAGUUUAGAUUCGGACGAGAAGUUGCGUGCAUAUGUUUAUCAGGUAGAUGACCCUAGCCAACGCUACCAUUCUUGCAAAGCCGCAUUCUUUUCACUAUGUGGCGUUGGUAGAAAACCGGAUGGAACUGCUCGCAAGUCCGUCGGGCGAAACUGCUCCAAAUCUGCCUACUCUGAGUGUGAGGCCGAGGAUGCUAGGGGCCUUCGUCCACUAGUCCCUUUACCAACAGACUUUUUGUAUCAGUGGCCUCAUGAUAUUGAAGGUGACUGGUGCCUUAUGGAAGCGGCGCGAAAAGCGCCCCGGACCGAUGAUUCUGCGCUCGACAGCAGUACCAUGUCCCGACGCAAUCUCUCUAUUCGUCCCAACACGGUGGCUUCCUCCAGAACAAACGCGGCCUUGGCAGCAGCUCAUCAACGUCGAAUCGAGCCUCAAAGCCACGCGGCGACACUUCGACAGCAGGCUAGACCACCCCCUAGCCCUGCACGUAAAUUACCGCCCAUGAGUGAGCCUCAAGAGCCUCCCCGGCCACAUCGAGAUGCCAAAAUCCCCGAGCCCGUACUCCUCCCAGUCAACGAUGCUCCCGCUCCAGGUGGGCUCGCAGAACGCCCCAUAAGAACUCGACGACUUGCAUCUGCUUCCCAGGCUCCGACUCUGCGUGAAGUAGAGAGACCCCAACUAGCCAAGUCGACUAGUAUGCCAUCCGGGCUCACGAUCGGAAAGACUCGAUCUCAGUCUCGUAGACUUGAGGCAGCCAAUCAAGGACCAUCAAUCGUCCCUCUUGAGCCGAAACUGGCGCCGAGGCCAGAUGAUCGCCGCGCAGCUAGUCGGCAGGCGUCUUUGCGAUCAGUAUCUCGACCUGAUCUCAAAACUGCACCCAACAGAGUAGAGCGACCGAAGAUCAUCAGCCCCACAGAAGAAGGAUUUGCCCAUCGCAUGCAGCCAAAACCCUUGACAGCUUCUCAAGGAAUCAGUCGAUCCAACAGUAAGGAAACUUCCUCAGGCAGGGCUCGCUCAAGUCUUGGAUUGAGUCCUCUUUUCCACCAGGAGGAUCUCUGUGAACUGUUACCGGGCACUUCUCUAAGUGAAGUCAACAAUGACCUGCGCCUCAUGCUAUCGAAUCUUCUAAACCAUGCUCCUGCCCGUCGUCGGAGUGGUCCUCGCAGACAACCACAUGCUUAUGUUAUAAAAUGGGUUGACUACACCAACCGCUACGGUAUUGGUUACGUUUUGGACGAUGGAAGCGUGGGGUGUGUCUUCAAGGGUGAGAAUGGUCAGCCGGCCUCCAGUGUAAUCGUGCGAGAUGGUGAAAGACACAUUCGUCGAAAAGCCCGUAGUCUUGAUAAUGGCCAAGAGAAGGGCAUUCCAUAUCCUGAAGCCGACUGUCUGAUUCCUCGCAAUGGCAGCGCCGUUGAAUUCUACGAGAACCGCGAUGAUGAUCUGUUGGGCUGCCGUGGUAUUCGACGCGGAUUCGUAUCUCCAUCUUUGUUCGAUCCUCAGACAUCGAAGGUGAUGAGAUUGCGUCUGAAUGCCCAAUCGGAGCCUGAAAAAGCAGACAUGGAGAAGGUUAAGCGAGUCAAGCUGGUUGAUCAGUUCGGAAAGUAUAUGAUCGGAUCAUUGGGUCGCCAUGGUGACGAGGGAAUGACAGACGAGGUGUCUAGUCGUAGCAGUGGCCAGUUUAUCAAAUUCUACCAACGUCUAGGCAAUGUCGGAAUUUGGGGAUUUGGCGAUGGAGCUUUUCAGUUUAACUUCCCUGAUCACACUAAACUUGUCAUCGCGCCCGGGCGCACUCGAAGCUCUUCCCCGUGGAUAGACUUCUACCACCUCUCCCCUUCUGCUGCCCGCUAUUUUUCCGCUAAAGGGAGAAUGCACCCGUCCGGCUUCGACACUCGUGCCGUUGCGUCAGAUGAAGCAACGACUUUCUUGAGCAUUGUCUAUGGGGAAUCUGUUAACUCUGCUGAAGCUCGUCUUCGGGAGAUCUUGGACGCAAACUCUUUCUUGCAGAAAAUCAGCUUCAUAGCAGAUGUUCUCAAAGUCUGGAUCAAACAUGGGCGUCUUGGUGGUCGUUCAACCGCAAAGCGUACUGUUGGUGACAACUCUGUUCCCCCGGAGAUGUUCUGGCAGGGUACCCAGGAGCGGUCUCCAACAACAAGCCAAGGAACUAAAUUUGUUUGGGUCACCGUUGGAGCGCCUGAUGGCGAUGGGGAGUAUUGCUCAGUGGUGCUCAAGGAUAGCGACAAGCAGAAGUCUGUCGCCGGUAUGGAUGUUGAUAAGGAGAUGGAAAUGAUACAGGAACGACUACGAGCAAUGGGGAGGCAAUGA